UAAAGAGAUAAAUAUCUUUGAAUAUAUUUAUUUUGUGUGUAGGUUAAACAGUUCAAGGUUUACAGAUAGUAAUGGAAAGAAUUGAAAGAGAGAUAGCAUCAGGACGUAUUGCAAUACCUAUACCCACAAUAACAACAACAACAACAAACUUUAUUAAUUGUAAAACUCAAACACAUAAUAUUAUUACAGAUGAUAUUAGUUUAACAAGAAAUAUAAAUCAUUUAAAAAUGUAUUCAACAUAUCGUCAACAACAACAAAACGAUAUUAUUUAUUCAGAUUAUGAUUCGAGUACAAGUGAAGAUGAGGAUGAUGGCCAACAUCAACAUGAAUUAUAUUUAAAUGAACACGAUGAUGAGCAAUUGUCACAGUAUUCAAAUGAUCAGAGUUCCGAAGCACCUGAAUGGGAAAGCUACAUAGACAAAAACGGUGAAUUAAUAUACAUUGAUUGUUAUCCAAAAUGCAUAAAAAAAUUAAAUCAACCACAAACAACAAAUACAAGUACUUCAGAUUCAAAUACAAGUACGAGUAAAACAAAUAAAUUAUUUAAACGUGGCAGUAAAACUCGAAAUAGUUCUAGACGUGGUACUAACAGCAAUUCUAUUAAUAAUACAACAGACAGUACUGAUAAAAGUAACAAUAAAUUAUUACGUUUAAUCAAACAUACAAAUAAACAUAAUAAUACAACAAUUAAUAAUAAUACAACAAAUAAAAGUAAAGGUGCUAACAAGGUAAAAGUAACAUUUAACGAUUGUGAGGAGGGUGAACAACGGGACGUACAUUUAUAUGUCGAUCCAAAAAAUAAAAUCAAAUAUGGUCGACAUGUAUAUACAAUCAGUGAAUCAAUAUUAGGUUUAACGCUAAGUACAUUUAAUAAAACGGAAUCCGAAUCAGAUCCAAAUGAUCAACGUAUAAUGAUCGCGGGAAUUAUACCAGAUAGUGAAGUAGCUUUAAAACAUCGACGCUCAAUUAAAAUCGGCGAUUGGUUAAAACAAAUCAAUAACAUUCAAGUAAAUAUUAAUAAUAUUCAACAAAUAUUAGAUAACUUACAAAAACCACAAAUAAUUAAGUUAAAAUUACAACGAAUAGCUGGUACAGAGGUAACGUUACAACCACCACCAAAUAUUAUACCAAAACAAUCGAAAUAUUUAAAAUUAAUAAAUAAUUUAAAUGAAAUGGCACAACAAAUUUUAUUACCGCGAGAUUUACAAUUGGAUAUUGAUGAUUGUUUGAAUCAGAUGGAAUCAUGUGAUUAUAGAGAAUGGAAUGAAGAUCCAUUAGAUUGUCAACGUUUAUAUACAAUAAUUGGUAGCUGUUUAUACACCAAUAAAUAUUUAUUAUCAUCACAUUUAAAUCAUACGGAUCUCAUGAACAUCAAUAUUUAUUUACAUACCAAUCAUGUAUUUAAUUUAUUUAUGAAUGAAACAUUACGUACGUUUAUAUUAUGGAAACAAGUUUAUCCAAAAUCAUCAUUAAAUACAAAUGAUCAAUAUUAUUUAUUAAUUAUUGGUUCACAACACGAUAUAUUGUGUGUUCUAUUUGAAUCUGGUGGAUGUACUUUAACGAUACAGCAAGCAGAGUCUAUUGGAGAUCAACAGCAACAGAUAGGUACACCAGAUCCAUUUUAUGUAGAAGAAGUUCAAUAUACGUUAAACGAUAUCCAAUCAAUGGGCUCUAUUCAAAUUGCAACAAAAUGGAUUCAUUCCAAUUUAUAUCCACAAAUAAAUUUUAAAACAACAAACAAUCUACUGAAUACAACCACAUCAUUAUUUAAUAAAUUACAAUUACAACAAUUACAACAACAACAAACAAUAUUGUUACAACAAGUGCCUGUAGUGAUCAAUGAUAAUGUGGCUACAACGAGUACAAGUACAAGUAAUAUAACAUUAAUUGAUGAGAAACAACAACAGAAUACGACGACGGCGACAUUUAUACGUAAACCGUAUGAGAUCACAUCAAUAUUAAAGAGACGUAAUAAUAAUGUACAGCAACAACAACAAGUGAUUACGAUCAGUGAUAAUGAUGAUAAUGAUAAUGAUACCGAUACAAUAAGUUAUCAAAGUACUGAAUACAAUACACCUACAGCUGAACCAACAACAGAUAAACAGAUAAUUGGACGUCGUGAAGCACGACAACGAGGUCUAUAUAUUAUCGAUGGAGAUGAUGAUGAUUAUGAUAAUGUAUUUAAUGAUAAUAUAAGUGAUGAUGGUGCAUCAUCUGCUUCAUCAGCGGAUAGUACAAGUAGUAAUUUAUUAUUGAAUGAAAUCGAUACAAUGAAACCAUAUAAAUUGGUAACAAGUGAUGUUGAUUUAAAUACGUUGUAUUAUUAUGUGCAAUUGGAUGAAUUUGAAGGAAUCAUGUUAUGUCCACCAUCGUCAAGUCAUAAUUUACCGAAUGAUCAACAUCAUGAUCGAUUAUUAAAUCAAUUUAGACGAUCAUGCCAAAUUAUACAUCAAUUAUUUAAAAAGACUGUUCGAUAUAAAAAUUUAUUGAAUCAUAACAGCAACGAUAAACCAAUUAUAAAUAAAUCAUUGGUUGCAAUUAAAGAACACGCAAUUCUGUUUGAAUUAAAUUUUAAUAAGCAUGCAACGACGAUGAAUAAAAAGAAUACCAGUAAAAAUAUUAUCAAAUAUUGGGUGGUUGGACGACUAUUUAGUGAACCACAUCCAAGAGAAUUAUAUGUUUGUUACGAUGAAUCGAUUCCACAGAAUAUUGUUGAAAUUGCAUUUAAAUUGGGUAUUUUAGAAGCUGGUUAA